CAAACGUCUUUUUCCCCCGUACCACCUCCACGCCACAAUGUCUACUAUCACAACCCAGGCGUCCCAAAGCUCGUACCAGCCCAUCAUCCCCAAGGACUUCAACGCAAACCAACCGAAAACAAUACGCCUAUACCCGCUCAGCAACUACACAUUUGGGACUAAGGAUGGCCAGCCAGAGGAGGAUCCCUCAGUGAUUGCGCGGUUAAAGCGACUAGAAGAGCACUACCAAGAGCAUGGCAUGCGGCGAACGUGCGAAGGCAUCCUCGUUUGCCAUGAGCACAACCACCCUCACAUUUUGAUGCUGCAGAUAGCGAACGCCUUCUUCAAACUACCUGGCGACUACCUCCGCCCCGAGGACGACGAGAUUGAAGGCUUCAAGGCACGGCUGAACGAGCGCCUCGCGCCCGUCGGUACGCAGUUCACAGGCGAGGGCGUAAACGAUGAGUGGCAGAUUGGCGAUACUCUUGCGCAGUGGUGGAGACCGAACUUCGAGACGUUCAUGUACCCGUUCAUCCCGGCGCACGUCACAAGACCCAAGGAGUGCAAGAAGCUGUACUUCAUACAAUUACCCAGGAGCAAAGUCCUCAGCGUACCCAAAAACAUGAAGCUACUCGCCGUCCCCCUCUUCGAACUCUACGACAACUCAGCGCGUUACGGUCCCCAACUUUCCGCGAUCCCACACCUAUUAUCUCGCUACAACUUUGAGUUUGUCGACGAGAAUGGACAGGUCGCAGCUGUAACGCCAGGUGGUGGACCUCUAGAAGCAGGCACGCAUGUGCAGACCAAGGUGCUGGCUGGCGGGGAGGACGUGAAGAUGGAACAGAAUGGAGAUACCCAGAGCGGACAGACUGCCUCAUAAGACAAGGCAGCACCCGGUGUCUCGAAAGAAUGAACGUUCGGCGUUGGGAGUUCAAGUGGGUUGGAUAACCUCGAUAGCGGACUUAUGGUCCCUCGGUGUCGGCAGAAAAGACUUGCGUCCCUGGGUAUGGGUACUGCUACCUCUCCAAAUCUAGGCAAAAGCAACAAACAGAAUAUUAAUCACUUUU